AUGGCGACCAAGGUGCAGAAGAUCAUGACGCAGCCCAUCAACCUGAUCUUCAGGUUCCUGCAAAGCAAAGCGAAAAUACAGAUAUGGCUGUACGACCAGCGGGACCUGCGGAUAGAGGGUCGCAUCAUCGGCUUCGACGAGUACAUGAACCUUGUGCUGGACGACGCCGAGGAGGUCUCCAUCAAGCGCAACAGCAGAAAGCCGCUGGGCCGCAUCUUGUUGAAGGGAGACAACAUCACCCUCAUGCAGACAACCGGCCGGUGA